AUGGGGAUGCUGAGAACGCCCAACUUCAAAGCUCGCAAGUUCCUUCAUCGCGGCUUCGGAAGUCGCUUCGGCUUCGACACGGCUGGCAUGACGACCGUACACUACGCCGCGCAGACCAGGAACCCGGCCCUCAUCAAGCUUGUGAUCGGUGCCGGAGCGGACCCCAAGGCCCUGGACGAGUUUGGGAGAACGGUCGUGCAUCACUUUGCCUACGGGUACUCGAAACCAACCUCCAAGGAUCCGGAGGCUACCACAGCUGACAGAACCUCACUGGAAAGCAUUUCCAAUGCCUUGCGCCUGCUUCUUCAAGAAUGCGGCAUGGAAUAUCUGAACCGUACUGCCAAAUGGACUGCAUCGUGCCAUGCACUUCGAGACGGAGCUCAGUCAUUUGUCACAAUGGAGGCGGAACAUUCGCCUCUAUCAGUUGCCGUUUCGAUAGCGGAUUGGCGAAUGGCAGAGGCGCUCAGAGGGCUGGGUGCUAGGUUGCAGACCAACAUUCCGCUGGAUCCCAUCUUGCUCAAAGCUGUCGACGAGUCAGAAGUCGACAUGGUCGAGCUGCUUCUGCAACAUGGGGCUGAAUUCUUUGAGGGGGGAGGGAUACAAAGAUAUCCAGAUUGGAUAAGUUUGUUCCGCGAGUUGGAUAAAGCAGGGCCUCAAGGUCUGCCUCGAUUCCAAGCCAUGAUUCGACACCUUCAGGCGAGCGGGCUCGACCUAAACACAGAGGUCACUGGAGAUCCUCUAUUCCACUACCUUGCCACGAUGGUGAGCCACUCGCCGCAGGCUGCGCAGAUACUGCUGGACCUAGGGGUAAAUCCCUACAUACCUGACAAAAGAGGCAUAGAUGCUUUCCUGAUCACUGCCCUGAGCCAUAAAGAAGCCGUGCUGAAGAUCCUCUUGGAGCACGCAAGGACCCACCCCGACGAGACUCACUGGACUCGUCACCUGCCUCGGGAAGGCUCGACACCGGAGGCAUACGGCAUGCAGGCGCAAGAAAUCUGCAAAGCCCUGUACGCCGCGGGCCUGAUCGACAACAAGUACAGCACUGACAGCGUCACCGACAGACUAUUCGAUACAGGCACCCUGCUACACGAAGCCACCGGUGAAUUGAUACGAGCUCUACUCCAGAACCAUGCAAACCCAAACAUUGCAAACGCCAACGCCCAGUGGCCCAUCCACGUCGCAUCGCGCAGAGGAAACACGGUCAUGGUCGACAUCCUGAUGGGACUCGACGGUGCCGAAGCCGAUAUUCUCGACGGCAAGGAUCGAAGCCCGCUGCACCACGCCGCCCUGAACGGCCACGCCGAGACGGCCGAGGCGCUGCUGCGUCACGGCGCAAAGGCCAGCCUCGUCGACUCCCACGGCUUUUACCCGCUGCACCUCGCAGUAUGGAAGAACCAUCUGCGAAUAGCCCAGACGCUCCUGUGCGCUCACCCACAAGCCGCUCUGGGCCAGACGCUGUCCAUGCCGAUGGAUUUCGACCGCGACAGGCCGUCGGGGCUCUAUGCAGGGGAGCGGUGGCGGGCCACGCCGCUCCACAUCGCCGCCAUGAAGGGAAACGCCGAUAUGGUGCGGCUGAUUGUCGGCGCGGUCGAGCAGAGCACUGAGAUGGAUGUUGGUGUUUUGGUUCGUCUACGGACCGACGAGGAAUCGACGCUUCAUCAAGUCAAGGCUGCAGGGCCCACGGCGUUGCACAUGGUGCUCGACACUGGCCCCUUUUACGGACAACGUGCCGAGCCCCUGUCUGAACCAAGGUUGGAGAUUGCCAAGAUAUUGAUGGAUCACGGAGCCGAUGUGGCGGGCGUGGCAGACCAUUUGUAUCUGAAGGAUGUUUUGAGAUUUAGAGAGUUUCUAGAUCUGUGGGAUCGGUUGCGAGUUGGAGUUGGCAGUGAUGUGGCCUUCCUUAGAAUCAGGGCGAAGUAG